AUGCACCCGCAGUGUGACUCCUUUGUUCACAAUACUCCCCUGCACCCUCGAUCUUCCCAUGUUACCGCAGACGCAACACCAGAUACCCGGCGUGACGACGUGGAGCUUCAACCCCUAGCGUCGGCGCGAACGUACUCCCGCGAUCACCACCGAAGCCUGAGUGCUCAAAUCAGUCAGAGAGACCGCGCCAAUUUUUCAUUAUCGGAUUUCGACCUCUCGGACGAGGACUUUGACAGUGGAUCAGGAUCUGGGGAGAGCUCUACGCACAGACUACCAAUGACGCGAAAACAUAACUCGAUAAAACGCCGUUCAUCCAGACCUAGCCUGAAGCUUGUAGCUGGUGAGAACGGCCACGCAAAGAGCGGUAUGGAUUCGAGUAUCGGGGUCCGGAGAAAAGACGUAUCCCUGGAUUCAUCAUCUUCGCAUGCAUCGAGAGUUAUGGGGAGGUCCAACUUCUCGCUGGACGACGAGCCGCCGCCAACUCCACAAACACCAGGUCUCACGAGUACGAGCUUUGCGGACUUGCCUGUACACGACAGGAGGAACUUUCUCUUACUCGUUCUACUUUACUUCUUGCAGGGAAUUCCGAUGGGCUUAGCAAUGGGCUCCGUACCGUUCCUCCUGAAACCAUUCCUUUCCUACGGCCAGAUCGGCAUUUUUUCUCUCGCUUCGUAUCCAUACUCGUUGAAGCUUUUAUGGAGUCCCAUUGUAGACGCGGUCUGGAGCCCGCAGUUUGGAAGGAGGAAGAGUUGGAUUACACCAAUACAAACAAUAUCUGGAUUGGCGAUGCUGUAUCUGGGUAGCAAAGUGGAGAGUAUGAUGAAGGCUGCCGAAGCACAAGGCACGGACGGCGUUUGGAAUUUUACCGGCUGGUGGUUCCUUCUUGUAUUGCUUUGCGCAACUCAGGAUAUCGCUGUUGAUGGCUGGGCUAUUUCGCUUUUGUCGCCUCAGAACAUCGCAUACGCUUCUACAGCACAAACAGUUGGCCUUACCGCCGGAAAUUUCCUAUCGUAUACGGUCUUCCUAGCCUUUAACUCCCCCGACUUUGCGAACAGGUGGUUCCGCGCAGUUCCAAAAGCCGAAGGACUCAUGACUCUGGGAGGCUAUCUCACAUUCUGGGGCUGGGCAUACCUGCUGAUCACCUUGGGUCUCGUGUUAUUGAAGAAAGAAGACAAAACAACCGAGCGAGAUGGCAUCAUGGACGUUUACAGGUCAAUGUGGGGUGUGCUGAAGCUAAAGAAUAUUCAGACUAUCAUCAUCAUCCAUCUUAUCGCCAAAAUCGGCUUCCAGGCAAAUGAGGCUGUAACCAAUUUGAAACUCAUCGACAAAGGUUUCGGGCAAGACAACAUGGCUCUAGUUGUCCUUAUCGAUUUCCCGUUUGAGAUUGGCUUGGGCUAUUUUGCUGGCAAAUGGUCCACUGAGUAUACACCUAUGAGACUGUGGUGCUGGUCGUUUGUGGGGAGACUUUCUGCUGCGGUCCUCGCUCAAAUCGUUGUGAUGAUAUUUCCCAAGGCACCGGUUCCCGGAUGGUAUAUAUUUGUUGUUGUCCUGGAACAUGUGUUUUCAACUUCCAUGAACACAAUUAUGUUCGUAGCUGUUUCAGCUUUCCAUGCUCGAAUCUCCGAUCCAACUAUCGGUGGAACAUAUAUGACCCUACUCGCAACCGUGUCAAACCUCGGGGGAACAUUCCCCAAAUUCUUCGUCCUGAAACUCGUUGACAUGUUUGCCAAAGCCAUCUGCGUUCCGCCUACCGACCCUACUAAUUUCAAAUCUCCCGUUACGUCACCCUUCUCUUGUGCUCUUGAGACUGAUAAACAUCGCUGCAUAGCAGGCGGUGGAACAUGCCAUGUCGAGCGCGAUGGCUUCUAUAUCACAAACGUUAUUUGCGUAGUUAUCGGUGCAGUGACCUUCUGGAUGUAUAUCAAAGGCUCAGUGCUCAAGCUGCAGAAACUACCGUUACGAGCAUGGCGCGUAUCUCCAGGCAGUGGGAGAAAGUGA